AUGGGCGCGGCCGAGAUCUUCCCGCAGAGCCUUGCUCACCACCCCAACGGUCGCUUCUUCGCUGUGUGCGGCGAUGGUGAGUUCAUGAUCUACACCGCACAGGUUCUGCGGAACAAGUCAUUCGGCCAGGCCUUGGAGUUUGUGUGGGGUUACUCAGGAGCGUACGCAACGCGCGACACCGUCGGCAAGAUUACGGUUUUCCAGGAUUUCAAGGAAAGCUUCUCCUUCAAGCCGCCAUUCGUAGUCGAUGAGAUCUUUGGAGGGCGCCUCAUUGGUGUUCGCGGAGGCGACUUCGUCUGUUUCUACGAUUGGGCGGAGUACCGGCUGGUGCGACGAAUCGACGUGGUCCCCAAGCUGGUUAUUUGGUCGGAGGACGGCUUGAACGUUGUCCUCGUGUGCGCAGACUCCUUCUACGUUCUCCGGCAUGACAAGGACGCCAUAAACUCCGGGGCCCCGGUCGACGAUGACGGCAUCGAGGCGGCGUUCGAUUUGGUGAGCGAGAUCUCGGACAAG